AGGGAAAAAAACCAAGAAAAACGUGACGGAGACUCCCGCGGGGAACAAGGAACCCUGAGCGUUCGUGGGGAGCAGAGUGAAUGACGGCUGAAAAUUCUCAAAAUGGCUUCAAAAAGAGCUCUGGUCAUCCUGGCCAAAGGAGCCGAGGAGAUGGAGACAGUCAUCCCUGUGGACGUCAUGAGGCGAGCUGGGAUUAAGGUCACUGUUGCCGGUCUGGCUGGGAAGGACCCUGUACAGUGUAGCCGUGACGUUGUCAUUUGUCCUGACGCCAGUCUGGAAGAUGCAAAAAAAGAGGGCCCAUAUGACGUCGUCGUCCUGCCGGGAGGUAACCUGGGUGCACAGAAUUUAUCUGAGUCUGCGGCCGUGAAGGAGAUCCUGAAGGAACAAGAAAAGAGGAAGGGCCUCAUAGCGGCCAUCUGUGCAGGUCCCACGGCUCUGUUGGCUCAUGAGAUAGGCUUUGGAAGCAAAGUCACAACACACCCACUUGCUAAAGACAAAAUGAUGAAUGGGAGUCAUUACAGCUACUCCGAGAGCCGCGUGGAGCAGGAUGGCCUGAUUCUCACCAGCCGCGGUCCGGGGACCAGCUUCGAGUUCGCUCUGGCCAUCGUGGAGGCGCUGAGUGGCAAGGAGGUGGCGGCUCAAGUGAAGGCUCCCCUCGUGCUUAAAGAUUAGAGCAGGAGAGUGGCGUGGGUGAGAGCGCCACCUGCUGGGGUUCACGCCCGCCAAGGAGGCCCGCUUGCAUACUGAGAAGCACUGUGGAUUGUGGCGUCACGGCCCACGGGCUUCUUGGCCUGCAGUUUGUGUCUGUACAUUUCUCUGAGCCCUGUUCGCACAAUAAACAAGGCGCAUAGCAAGCCA